AUGUGGAGAAGUUCUCUGUGUAGGUCUAACUCAGUUGCCUCUGCCAACGAAAUAUUUUGUUGUGAAGCGAAAGUGGAUCCUGAAAAGUUUGUAUAUCAUUAUUACACAAAAUAA